AUGCCGCAGUCAACGUUGACGACUUUACUGGUCGACCCGGCGUCUACGGUCCCUUCACGUAACAGCCUACAACCUUCACGCCCCAGCAGUCGAGAGACUGAUGAGUCCUUUUUAACACCCAACGCCUCGCCCUUGGGUACUGAGCCUGUGAAUAACCCACCACAUUGGCCCGACCACGAGCACCGCCGCGUGCCACCCUUUCGACGACCCGCUACCAACCCGGAUUGGAACGCCAUUGCUGGUGACUCGUUCGCCCUCCGAAUGUUCUUCACCGUCAUGGUCCAUGGUUGUCAAAUUGAGCAGGUAUGA